AUGCGUUUUCAUCUUGAACAUGGCAAGAAUAUUUCGUUUGAUGAACAACGUUUUACUGCAACGCGAAUCAAUUCAUUUUCACAUGCCAUGGUUUUCUCUGAGCGACCACUGCAUCCAGGAGAAAUAUUUCUAAUUGAAAUACAAGAUACCACAGAUAAAUGGGCCGGCCAUAUAAAAAUUGGAUUUACGUCCAUUUCACCAAACGAAAUUCUUGAACGGUGCAUCGAAGAAGUCGUUUACGAUCAUAUUCUUCAUAUUACGGGUAAAUCAUUAGGAGAAAAUAAUUCACAUAUGGAUUUUGCUCUUCUAGUACCCAGCAAACCCAUCCUUCAACGCAUGUGUACCUGUGGUUUAUAUCGGCCUUUGUUCAAUUUCGGUAGUGCUGACGAUUAUAUUUAUACACCAUAUGCUUCCGUUCGUAGACAAGAACUUGAACCUGUGGGAAAAUCUAAUUCCGAGAUGUCUCACCAAUGUCCGACUAGUAUUGGCAGUCGAAUAGGCGUUCUUUACGCAUUAAAAUACAAAUCGAUACAUAUGCAUAGUGUAAUAAAUGGCUUUGACUACGGUCCGUUUGCCAUUUUGAAUACCGAAUCACCAAUCAUAGAAAACGACGAGAUAUGCUUGCCACCGAAGAAACGUCAACGAACAUUUCCGAAUUCUUCGAAACCAAUCAAUCAACAUACGAAAUUCUGGGCAUUCGUUGAUGUCUAUGGUGCUACAACAAGAGUUCGAAUCGUUCAACUCUAUGGCCCGAGCUCACUACGAAGUCGAUGUCGUUCAAUGAUUUUAUCUAGUCUCGAGUCUUUCGAUCAGAUCGAUGCGCUUUCGCUGAACAAUCAUUUGAAAUUAUAUUUAAAAUUUCAUGUCGCUUAA